AUGUCUAAUCCGAUCCUUCAUCAGGAGGUUGUGGACCUUCAUCAUGAUAACAAGGCCUGUACUACGAGGGAGCCUUAUGGACCAUCUGGAUUCCGCGGCCUCUUCUCCAGCUACUAUGUUGCUCUAUGCGCAUCCUUCGCCACUCUCGGAGGUCUGCUCUUCGGAUAUGACCAAGGAGUUGUUUCUGUAACCCUCGUAAUGGAACAGUUCCUUCAUGUCUUUCCUCGCGUUUCCGAGACUGCAUCCGGUGCCGGAUUCUGGAAGGGUCUCAUGACUGCCAUGCUUGAGCUUGGUGCUUUGCUUGGAGCACUGAAUCAGGGUUGGCUCGCUGAUAAGAUCUCAAGGAAAUAUUCGAUUGUCGUUGGUGUUGCGAUUUUCACGGUUGGAAGUAUCUUGCAGACGGCGGCUGUCCAAUAUAGUAUGCUUACGGUCGGGAGAUUGAUUGGUGGUGUUGGCAUUGGCAUGCUGUCCAUGGUAGCGCCGCUUUACAUAUCCGAAAUCGCACCUCCCGAAAUCCGUGGCGCACUUCUCGUCCUCGAGGAAUUCAGCAUCGUUCUUGGAAUCGUGAUCGCGUUCUGGAUCACCUACGGUACACGCUAUAUCGGAAGCGAAUGGGCAUGGCGACUUCCCUUCCUUAUCCAGAUGAUCCCCGGCCUAAUUCUCGGCGUCGGAAUCCUCUUCUUACCCUUCUCUCCCCGCUGGCUGUCCUCCAAAGGCCGCGAUCAAGAGGCCCUCGAGAAUCUCGCAAAUCUGCGUCAACUUCCUACAACUGACUCCCGUGUGCAACAAGAAUGGUGCGAGAUCCGGGCUGAGGUUGCUUUUAAGCAGGAAAUGGGAUGUUGGAGGCGCACGCUUGUCGGUUGCGGAAUCAUGUUUUUCCAGCAGUUCGUCGGUAUCAACGCUUUGAUUUAUUACUCUCCAUCGCUUUUCAAAACUCUAGGCCAGGACUACGAGAUGCAACUCAUUCUUUCCGGCGUCAUCAACGUCACCCAACUCGUCGGUGUUGCGACAUCGCUCUGGACCAUGGAUCGAUUCGGCCGUCGGCCAUUACUCCUCAUCGGCGCAGCCCUAAUGUUCAUCUCGCACCUCAUCAUCGCGGUCCUCGUCGGAAAGUUCGGCGGUAGAUGGGCCGACUACGCAGCUGAAGGUUGGGUCGCCGUCGCCUUCCUCUUCUUCUACAUGUUCUCUUUCGGUGCAACGUGGGGGCCUGUUCCAUGGGCCAUGCCAUCAGAGAUCUUCCCUUCGUCGCUGAGAGCGAAGGGCGUGGCGCUUUCGACGUGCUCAAACUGGAUUAAUAAUUUUAUUAUUGGGUUAAUUACGCCACCUCUUGUGCAGAACACUGGAUAUGGUGCUUAUACUUUCUUCGCUGUUUUCUGUCUCCUUGCACUUGUGUUUACCUUCUUCUUGGUUCCGGAAACGAAUGGACGUAGUUUAGAGCAAAUGGAUGCUGUGUUUAAAGAUGUUAGCAGUGAAGCGGAGGAGACGAGGAGGGCAAGGAUUGAGCAGGAGAUUGUGGAAGGGAAGAGGGAUACGCUUGUCGGCCAGCCGUGA